AUUCAGUUCCAGCUGCAGUUCCAGUCCGCUCGCUAAACAAUGGACACCCAAGCGCGACUUCGUCUCCACGUCGUUCUCUUAGUGAUCUUUAAAGUGUCGUUAAAUGGGGCGUGGUUAAUGUCACAGGCUGGCCUCAAUGACUCCAGUUACAAUGUCCGUCACUUGUCCACACAUUUUUCGCGAGUAUUUCUCAGUAUUAGUGUAAAGCACAAUGAUUUCCCCACGCUGAUCGAGGCACAGUGGCCCGUUUCCUAUUUGCCCAUGCGCACAGUGGUAUUUCCGAAUAGUGAAGUGCACGCAAACCGAGCUGAAACGGAAUUGGGAUUGGAUUGCACGCGAUUGCAGCAGGCACACUGGUCACAAGUGGAUAGCUUGAGUCGCCUCUGGGUCAUGGAUCUGGGCUGGCCGGAUGACGGAUGUCCGCCCAAGCUGUUGGUCUUCGAUUUGAUGCGCAACAAUGCGGAGCUGCUCCGCAUCGAUUGUGGCCAACACAUUGACACGAAUGCCACACAGAGUCUCGUGGUGCAGCUGGGUCCCAAGACGAGCAGCUGCGAAUUGGAACGACACAUAUUCUUCAUACAGGACAGCAGGCCACACAUUUUGGCCUAUGAUAUACUGGAGCAAACCUGGCAUCAAAGAGAUCUGAUAAGCAACAAGUACGAGAAUAUGCGACAGACAUUUCCCAUCAGACCAAUUGACUUUACCUUUGGCCUGCAGGGAGAACUGAUUGUAUCUGAUCAGGAUGGCGUUCUCUACACUUCAACGAAUAGGCUGCAGUUAAUCAACUCCUCACACGCCUCCAACUCCGUCUCCUCCGCCUCCAGCUCAUUGAGCAAUUCACUGUACAUACAACUUACGCGUCUGGGCAGCUUGUUGGGUCCCAGUCGCAGCAUGUUAAUCGACUACUUUGGCGCACUCUUCUAUGUGGUGCCCAAAUUUGGCGCCGUUGUGCGUUGUGCUCAGCUGGCGAAUUUAACUGCCGAAGGCAAUGAGAUUAUUUACCUAACUUCCAAGAACAUACAGCAAAUAUUCUUUGGCGCCGAGGGCUCUGUUUGGGUGCUCAGCGAUCGAGUGCUGACACCACAAGAUAUUUGCUAUCCAGGCGUAUAAUAAUAAUAUAAAUCAAAUACAUGUAGUUCAAUUGAUAAACACCAAUAAAAUUAAAAUUAAC